GCCAAGCCAAAGAUUCUCAGCUCUGGCAGCCCCCGGGGCUGCAUGUUUGAAACAACAAGCUCUCAGAUCCAACAUGAUUAUAGGCUGCCAGGCUGACUGCUCCAUGUGUGAGCAUGAGAUGAAUCCUCUGUUUGUGUGAGCGCGUGUGGGAGGAGUGCUCAUUUACAGGCACCUGAUACAUGAUGCACAUCCAGCUCCGUGCUCUCACAGCAAUCAACAGGCGCGUGUGAAUGAGAGCAUUGAGUCGGACAAUUAAACAGAGGCUGUUUGUGGGAGCUUGUUCUCUGCACUCAGCGCCUUUCAGCAUUUUUGUCUGCGCACCUUUGGCCCUCUGUGCCCCGUCUGUACCUUAUUAUUGCUCAUAUAUAUAAUUUUUUCCUUUUUUUCCUCUCCAUCAGAAUCUAUGACACUGUGACCUGGCAGUGCUCGACAGUCUGACAAAGCUGCUUCCUCUUCUUCUUUCAUUCUCCCCCCCUCUGGUUGCGUGGAAACUACAAAGGCUGCCCUGAAGUGCGGGAUCCUUUCCAGAGGCGCGUCGCGGUUCCUGAGCGGCGGCGGAUGGGGAGGAAGGAUCUGUUUGAAAGCGGACCAGGCUGAGCUAUACUGGAGGAGGARGAGGAGGAGGGGAAGCGCAUCAGUCUGCAGGACGGAGUUCUUUUUGGAGCACUUUCUUUAAAAAAAAAAACACAACGCGGUGAAGAUGGAGGGGAGAGGAGAAGUCGCGUUAAAGACUGUCAUGCAACGUCCUCUGUGUUGUCACUGUAAUCUUAUAGCCCUUCUCCUUAAAUCCCCUUGAUAUCGUUCGUUCUGCUCAUGUGUCCAAUUUCACUUCAUGUCCACAUGUUUUCUCUUCCCUUUAUCGCCAGCUCCCCACCCCCCCACACUUUUUCUUCUGCUCCCUAAUUAUCUCUCAGUGAAACACCAAGCUGGCAUGCAGUGAUGGGAAAACUGCAGGCCUUGCAGGAGCAGAAACAUUAACCAUGCGAGACCUUGGCUCGGGCGUUCAGUUGGUUUCAUCAUGCAAGAUGAAAUAAGUGGCAAAUGUUUCAUCUUUGUGUCAGACUUCACUUCUCCUUGUUCAUUGUUGGUGGGGAUCUCCAGCUGACAUUUCUGUUCGACACUAAGUGGGGAGGUUGAUGCGUCCCUCGUCCCUCAGCCCCAGUGGUCUUCCUUGGAGCAUGCCCAUAGACCACAAUGCCCCUCUUUGCGGACUGGCUCCUGCGCCACUCGGUGGUCAUGUGCUUGCUGCUCCACAGCUUGGUUUUAAUGACCUUCUGCUUCCAUCAUGCCGCCACCACCUGCUCCAAAAGGUGCUACUGCUCUGAGAGCGAGACCGGCGGCAAGACGGUGCGCUGCAGCAACCUGCAGCUCACGGAGAUCCCCGAGGACAUCCCCAACGACACCAGGCGGGUCUAUCUGGACUUCAACCUCUUCACGACAAUCCCAGCGAACGCCUUUGCCGCGUUAACCCACUUGGUGGAACUGGACCUGUCGCACAACGAGUUGAGCCUGUUAGAACCUGGUGCGUUCAGAGGCCUGGGCUCCUCCUUACAGCUCCUGGAUCUGUCUUCAAACAAGUUAAUUAACUUCAACCCCGAUGCCUUCGAGGGCCUGCGAGCUCGCGCCAACCUAACAAACAAUCCRUGGCACUGUGACUGUAACUUACAGAUGGCUCUGCCUCGUGUGGACUUGGAGCCUGUGUCUCUGGCAGGCAUCGUGUGCCAGACCUCCUAUCCCGAGGAAAUAGGAGUUGURGGACGUGCCUUCCUUUUGGAACCAGACAUAGACUUGUGUGUGGUGAUGAAGAGGACUACAGACGUGGCCAUGCUGGUUGUUAUGUUCGGCUGGUUCACCAUGGUUAUCUCCUACCUGGUCUACUAUGUCCGGGCUAAUCAGGAGGACGCCCGCAGACACUUGGAGUAUCUAAAGUCACUGCCAAGCCGACAGGGCAAAUCAGAGGAAUCCUCUACUAUUAGCACUGUGGUAUAAGGCUGAGCUACAAAGGCUAACUAAAAUGGGAUCUUGGGGUCAUCAUGGGACAAGUUGGGCAAAAAAAAAAAAACAAUAUGGGUCUGCAAAAGAAACCCAGGCAGAUGUAAGAUAGUAAAGAUAAAUAAUUCAUCCUUCAGAGGACCCUUAAAACAUUUUGUUGGCAGAGUUGAUGGCCUUGUCUGUGCACUAAGGGAAUAAAGUGACAUGAUUUUUUUUUUUGUGAACUCCAAAUAUGGGAAUGGGAUUCGUCCAGAGAUGCAUGCGCCUUAAUGUGCCUCUCCCACAAAGAGACAGUCCAAGAGACAUCAUCUGACAGCAAUCUAAACAAGACAUCACUAUGUCAAGCUCUGUGUACGGUUGUUUUAUGGAAUACACAAAUACAAUACAAGUAAAAUGACCUUUUUCAUUUUU